CUGUUAUUUUGGGGGUCUCUGGCUGAAAAGUGUGGGAACCCCUGCCCUAGCACACAUCAACGCAUGGGAUCUGUGAUAAAUCCAUGCGUCAGGUUGGGACCGAUGCUGGCAAGUAAAUGCUGAAGUAGUGGCUGGAAUGAUUAACAUAUUUAAUGGGACCUAUACUGUGGUUUUUUGAGGCUCCACGUGAUUUUGUGUAUGUGUUUUGUAGAUACGGAAUAUGGCCAGUGGGAUGUGCAUGGAGAUCAAGCACUUUGUGUCAGGAAGCCCCAUCCGCCUGGAGAGCUGUGUGAAAGGGCGGGGCGAGGUGGCCUGGAGCCAUGGACAGGUGUUAACAUUUGGUUGGAGGGAGGAUAUUCGGGUGGGUGACCCCAUGCACACAAGGAAGGUCUGCUUCGAUGCCGUCUCUCACAACAGCCUUGUCACCCUGUACGACUGUCACGGCAUGAAGGGCAACCAGCUGUGGCGCUACAGAGAGGAUAAAAGUCUCUACCACCCCGUCAGUAACAGCUGUAUGGACAGCAGCCCGAGUGAGCGACGGGUCUUCAUGAACACGUGCGACCCGUCCUCUCUCAGCCAGCAGUGGCUCUUUGAGAAAACCAACGCCACCGUGCUGGAGCACUUCAACCGAGGUGCCAACUGAGGCCGAUGGACGUUGAGAUGAAACGUCUUCCAAAGAAAAAAUACACAACAUGAUGAUCACCUUGAUCAGAUAAGAAUGGGAGCUACAAGUGAAUACUGUGCUGCUUCAGUAGUAUUCUCUGUGGUCCAGCAGAAAUCCAGUGUGCCGGCCAAGAAGCAGUAGAGCUGGUCGGACCACACACAGCAACACUCAGAAAACAACCAUUCAGCAUGAGAUUUUGAUGAGGGCGAAGGCUGGGAAAACCAUGGUGAAGCCUGAUUGCCUCUGGAAACACAGAAAACACAGAGCUCUUACAGACUGAAGGUUGGACCUUAAGCAUUUCCAAGAGUGAAAAACUCAAACUGUGCUGGAUUUAAUGGAUUGCCUUUUUCUUUGGCCUUUUUUCACCUUGUGAUCUUCAAUUGUUGCCUUAACUAUUCCAACAAUGGGAAAUACCUGCUCCUACUCUUUCAUUCAAGAUUCGUAAAAGACAUAUGGCGACAUUCUUUGUGCAAGCCAAAACUCUAUGGAACCUGGAAAAAACUGCCAAACGUCUUUAAUGCAAGUAUUCCUGCACAGUGUGAAGAUGAAUUGCUUUUAUAAAAUGAACACAAUCUUGUACAGACUCGUCUUUAAAGUGCAUUUUUUUUACUGAACAAUAAAGCAGCAAAAUGACA